AGGCCAGAGCCAGUCGACUUCUCCUUCAACCCGCUGGCAGACCCACGGUUCCAGUUCUGGGACCCCAGCCUGCUGGAAGCUGUCAAGCUGGGAGACCCCCAUGUGCACGAGUUCUUCCGCCUGCUCUCGCUCUGCCACACCGUCAUGUCCGAGGAGAAGAGCGAAGGGGAGCUGUAUUACAAGGCUCAGUCCCCGGACGAGGGAGCACUGGUCACAGCUGCCAGAAACUUCGGCUUCGUGUUCCGGUCCCGCACGCCCAAGACCAUCACAGUGCAUGAGCUGGGUCAAGCCAUCACCUACCAGCUGCUGGCCAUCCUGGACUUCAACAACAUCCGCAAGCGCAUGUCCGUCAUCGUCCGCAGCCCCGAUGGCAAGAUCCGGCUGUACUGCAAAGGCGCUGACACCAUCCUGCUGGAGCGCCUGCACCCCGUCAACCAGGACCUGACCAACGUCACCACCGACCACCUCAAUGAAUAUGCUGGCGAGGGGCUGCGGACGCUGGUGCUGGCCUACAAAGACCUGGAGGAGAGCUACUAUGAGGACUGGUCCGAGCGGCUGCACCGGGCCGGCAGUGCCUCCGAGGCCCGUGAGGAUCGCCUGGCUCGGCUCUACGACGAGGUGGAGCACGAUAUGAUGCUGCUCGGAGCCACGGCCAUCGAGGACAAACUGCAGCAGGGGGUCCCCGAAACCAUCGCCAUCCUGACGCUGGCCAACAUCAAGAUCUGGGUGCUGACGGGAGACAAACAGGAAACGGCUGUGAACAUCGGCUAUUCCUGCAAGAUGCUGACAGACGACAUGACGGAGGUGUUUGUGGUCACGGGCCACACUGUGCUGGAGGUGCGAGAGGAGCUCAGGAAAGCCCGGGAGAAGAUGACGGAUGCGUCGCGCUCCAUGGGCAACGGCUUCUCCUACCAGGAGAAACUCUCCUCCUCCAAGCUCACCUCCGUGCUGGAAGCCAUCACGGGCGAAUAUGCCCUGGUCAUCAACGGGCACAGCCUGGCCCACGCGCUGGAGGCUGACAUGGAGGUGGAGUUCCUGGAGACGGCGUGUGCCUGCAAGGCCGUCAUCUGCUGCCGCGUCACGCCCUUGCAGAAAGCCCAGGUGGUGGAGCUGGUGAAGAAGUACAAGAAAGCUGUGACCCUGGCCAUCGGGGACGGGGCCAACGACGUCAGCAUGAUCAAGACUGCCCACAUCGGGGUGGGCAUCAGCGGGCAGGAGGGCAUCCAGGCCGUGCUGGCCUCCGACUACUCCUUCUCACAGUUCAAGUUUCUGCAGCGCCUGCUACUGGUGCACGGGCGCUGGUCCUACCUACGCAUGUGCAAGUUCCUCUGCUACUUCUUCUACAAGAACUUCGCCUUCACCAUGGUCCACUUCUGGUUUGGCUUCUUCUGCGGCUUCUCGGCGCAG